ACCGGCCGUUACCAGGUCGGAGCCUUCUUUGUCAAAGUCUUCGCCUCCAGUGGUCGAGAAUUGACAGCUAGAACUGAUAAUCCCACGAUACACCCUCCAUUACGUGUUAUCGCCAAAUACCGUCGAUCCAUUGUCGUCCCAAACAGGCAGACCAAUGACAGGCUCUCACAGGCCUUCUCUUUUCGACCAGUCUUCAGCUCAGACCAGCCCUUCCUUGAUUCGUAUCAUCCUCUGCACGCCUCUUCAAAAUGCCAGCAGCACGGUCCGCCGAUGACGAUGAACCCUCCAACACAUCCUUGCCGUCCAACGUGAAUGAUCCUGUCGUAAAUGCCCUUGACUCUGUCGAAGCGCCGGACAACGAACCCUCCUCGACAUCUUUGAAAUCCGGUGGGGAUGAUUCUGAUGUGGAUGCCACUGGCUCUGUGGAAUCGGAAUCGGAAUCGGAAUUGGAGCUCCCCGCGUCUGCAGAGAAUCCAGAUCGUCAACUUUGCAAGAGCAAUUCGCGUCGGGGUCCGAACGGCCAUGUUUGGGCGCACAGCCGGCAAGACAUUUUCAGUCUUUCGAGAAGACUUUGGUCAAUCAGCAUGAUCGAAGUCGCUGAUCGUGAAUAUCCAAGCGAGAAGCCCUUCUCUUCAACGGUGCACAGACACGGCCGGGAGACCCCUCUCGAGCCAGAGCCUGAGCCACGAAAAAUGCGUAUGUGGCCUGUGCUGACCGUAGAUGGGGACAUGGAGAGUGUGCCCGACGAUCUGCGCGAUAUCAGGGACCCAACCGUGCCGAAGGAGAUACCAGAGUCAAGCUGGAAUCGGACGCCGAAGCUGACACAACGUAUCCCGCCCGAGAUGCUGCCCGAAAUUCUGCGCGUGAAGGAUCGCAAGGACCGCCUGGGGUCUGGCGCGGAGAACUCGAAGGCGGGCAGACUCAAGUAUCAGCGCGUCUAUCCCAGACCAGACCAGUCCAUCGACCCGGACGCCCCCCGCACGCAAGCCUCCCUCGAGUUCCCCGCCGAAUGCGACGUCAUCGGGACCGGGCAUCAUGCCACCGUCUUCCGCGCAGACAUCACCUUCGAAGCGCCGUUCCGCCUCGUUGGAAGCUCUGGCCCUCCUAAGGUCCGUCUCACGGCGAAGAUCACGAACGACGCGAAGGACGACCGAGAUAUGCUCGAGCAUGAGGCACGGUUAUACCCCCGCUUCCCGGAUCAUCUGAGUGAGGACUGGUCGGGAUUCAUUGGGGUAGACAGCAUGGCUGGGGAAGUCUGGGACUACGGGCCUAUCCUUCCUCCUUGCGCGGUCGUUCCCAAGUUCUACGGCUACUAUAUUCCGGUACCGAGUGAGGAUGCAGACAACACUCAAGUCGGAAGGCCGUUUUUGCUGCUCGAAGACUGUGGCAAGCGUAUUGCGCCAUUCCACUUCGAUAAUGACGAGAGGCGCGUGUUUCGUUGUCAGUCGAGACUUCUUCGACCCGCUGACGGACAGCCCAUCCCCCAGGAGCAUCUGUAUAUCGUUCGCACACCGGCUCUUCGACGAGCACGAUUUCAUCCAAGGCUCCUACUAUGAGCGCAACCUGCUCGUCCAACCCGGCCCCUUGACGCAUCCGCCGCAUAUGCGUUCAAAAAAGACACCCUCGUUUCGGCUGAUCGACUUUGGUCGCGCCUCGAUCAAGGCCGACUAUGGGGGUAGCGAGUGGGGGUGGGAUGACGCCUUCCACGAUGAGCGACAGAUGGUCCUGGACACUGUGCUCGGCGAGGUGCAAACCUGGAAGUCGGGCUUCGAGAAGUGGUACUGCGGUGUGCAGGAAGAGUGGCCCAGUUACUAUACGGACCGGGUCUACUGCAUCCCGAAGAGCUUUUGGACGGGCUAUGGUAUCAUGAGAGCCCAUCGGAAAGACGAGGAACGUAUGUGGAAAUCCAUGUUGGGUGGCAAGGGAACGCGCUAUUGAAACAGAAUAACUUUUCAGUGAGACAUUGGUGUCUAGGUACAGUAAGUAUGUACUCAUGCAGUCAUUGCAUGAUGUCUGUUUCUAGUAGAGAUGCAACCAAGCUUUGGCUACAGCCACGUCCAAGCUCAUUUCAAGGAACAUUGUGAUCCAACCGGAGCCCAGGUUUUCGUUGCUGAACGUGCAGGUGCUGGCAUCCGCAGCACAGCUUGAUUCCUUGAAUAGACCAGUCCCAGCGAGGUAUCGUGGUCCGCGGACAAGCACUGACCUCACCAUCAGCACGGGAGUCACGGCUGACUUGAA